GCGUUAGUGAAUGUGCCUCACAUGGGUAGAAUAGGUCAGGCAGAUUUCCAGACGCCUAUGACUUCGUGAAGGUCCUUUUGUAAGAACAACAUGGCAGCCUUAUGUAGAGUCAGACACCGGUGGAAACGCACCAACUGCAUUCAACUUCUUACGAGAAACUUGACGGGAACGUUUGACUAUGAUCUCGUCGUUAUUGGUGGUGGCUCUGGGGGUCUGGCUUGUUCCAAAGAAGCGGCUCAGCUAGGACAGAAAGUUGCUGUGUUAGAUUAUGUGGAGCCGUCAGUUAAAGGUACUAAGUGGGGCAUUGGUGGUACGUGCGUGAACGUGGGCUGCAUUCCCAAGAAGCUCAUGCACCAGGCUGCUCUGCUGGGCACAGCUCUCAAAGACGCUCAGAAAUAUGGCUGGCAAAUCCCCGGGCCCAUCUCCCAUGACUGGAGUACCAUGGCAGAGGCUGUGCAGAACCACGUCAGGUCUCUCAACUGGGGUCACCGUGUCCAGCUUCAGGACAAGGAAGUGAAGUAUCUGAACGUUAAAGGAAGUCUGUUGGACGAGCACACGGUGAAAGGGUUAACCAGGACAGGAAAAGAGAUUAUGCUGACUGCUAAGAAUAUUGUGAUUGCCACUGGGGGGCGGCCAAAGUACCCCGCACAUAUCCCUGGAGCAGUCGAGCACGGCAUCACUAGUGAUGAUAUCUUCUGGCUGAAGGAGUCCCCUGGCAAGACACUUGUAGUUGGUGCCAGCUAUGUGGCACUGGAGUGUGCUGGCUUCCUGACCGGUAUUGGGCUGGAGACCACAGUCAUGGUGCGCAGCAUCCCCCUCCGAGGCUUUGAUCAGCAAAUGGCAGGGCUAGUGACAGACUACAUGGAGGCCUAUGGCACCAAGUUCUCCUGGAGGAGUGUCCCUAAGAGCGUGGACAAGCUGUCCUCUGGGGUGCUGCAGGUGACCUGGACAGACGAACAGACAGGAAAGGACCAACGGGACACCUUCGACUCUGUGCUGUGGGCCGUAGGCAGAGCCCCUGAAACCGAAACUCUCGGCCUGGAGAAAGUUGGCGUCAAGCUCAACAAAGAGUCGGGGAAAAUACUUGUGGCUGCUGACGAAUCCACAUCUGUGCCGAACAUCUACGCUUUCGGCGAUAUCGGCGAGGGUCGUCCUGAGUUGACCCCCACAGCCAUUAAGGCAGGGAAGCUCCUCGCCCGCAGGCUCGUAGGCCAGACCAAUGAGCUAAUGAACUACGACAACGUCGCCACCACAGUGUUCACCCCUCUGGAGUAUGGCUGUGUGGGCCUGUCAGAGGAGGAGGCUGAGAGCAGACAUGGGAAGGACUCCAUAGAGGUGUACCAUGCCUUCUACAAGCCUCUGGAGUUCACUGUGGCUGAGAGAGAUGCCAGCCAGUGUUACAUAAAGGUGGUGUGUAAGCGGGGUGGAGACCAGAGAAUCCUCGGCCUGCACUUCACUGGCCCCAACGCUGGAGAAGUUACCCAGGGCUUUGCUAUGGGCUUCCAGUGUGGGGCCACCCUCACUCACCUGAAGGAGACCGUGGGGAUCCACCCCACUUGUGCCGAGGAGCUGACCAAAGUCAAUGUCAGCAAGCGCUCUGGGCUGGAUGCCACGGUUACCGGCUGCUGAGGUUAAGCACCCCCUUCUCUGAACACACCUGAGCACAUGGGAAGGAACCUCCUCGUAGAGACAGGGAAUGUGUCCCUAAUGUCACCCUCCUCUAUGUAGUGCACUACUUUCAACCAGGGCCCAUAGGGCUCUGGUCAAAAGUAGUGCACUAGAAAGGCAAUAUGGUCCCAUUAGAGACGCAUACAGGGAAGUAAUUGUAAUGCAUAUACACCCUAGCCACCUCAUAACGGUCCAUGUAGAAGCUCUCUCUCUCUCUCCACUCCGUCUUAUCAUUGCAGGUUCCUCCAGGUCAUGACUGCAAUGCUAUAUCUAGGUAAGGCUAGAUUUGUGUCAGGUUUGACUAGUGGUCACAUUAACCAGGCCAUGGUUACCCAAUGUAGCCCCUUAAUGUAUGUAGUAUGUCCCCUUCUCCCAUGUUGAAGGCCAUAAGGAGUUCUAGACCCACAGGUUCGUGAAAACGUCCAGACACGAGCAGCAUCCUUCAAAUAAACUGGCUCAUAAAUCAGAAUUAGGGCCCAUUCCAGUUUGUUGAAAAUAACUGUAUAAGAGAGAGAAAGCCGGGCAACUAAUGUUUCUGAAAUAUAUUCAGCAAAUAUUGUUGUUUCUCCUCCUGUUCUUCCUGUCCAUUAGUCUUGAAAGUGACACAUGCGUUGCCCGGGUGACACUGAUGGAUGGGCCAAGGGCCGUCGCCGCGGUGACACCACCCGUUUCCCAUGGACACACACAAACAGUCGGCGGGCAGGCUGUCAGUCAGAGAGGUGCAGAGCAGCACAGGGCCCAGUCUGGGCCAGAGUGCAGAGCCCUUGAUUAGGCCUCUACUCAUUCCAGCACUCUGCCCCCCUCUCACCUCCCCUCAACCCCAAUGCACAAAGGAAUACAGUGGGACUACAAUAACAAUCUCUGUCAGUCUGUGUGUGGGGACGCCUUGGCCAGAAACCUCUGGCAACCCAAUCCCUCUAUGGGAGAGAUGGAGGGAAAGAAACUGCCUGGGCCACAGUGGUGGCAGUACCAAAUGCUGCCUAAAGGUGGCGGUAUUGCCCUCUUAUUUUCUUCGGAAAACCUGCUAGUAAAGAAAUGAUAGGGUAGUGAAGUCGGUGUAUAAUGAAUAAGCCCGGGCACAUUCAAGGUGCACAUUGGAAUAUUUUAAUCCUUAUUUGAGAUGUCUGUUAUGGAAUGGAUGUGGAGACCAUGGAGGCAUUUGUAGCGCUAACUGAUAACAUUGUGUAUUUACACGGCUGGCAGUUUAGCCCACAAAGUCAUCACACUCUGAGAUAAGGCCGAUUUGUUUAUUUCACUUAACUGCCAUUAUACUAUUGUGAUUUUUACCAGUCACGUAAAUGAUGUCGUACUAUUUCAGUCUUCAAACAUGUCAAGUACACCAGUCCACUCUUCACCCAAUCAUCCUUUCCUACAAGUCCUGAAAGCAGAGAACUAUGCAGUGCUGGACUGAGCUGGACAGGUCAUGCAGUCGUGGUGGGGAACGGUGGAGCUGAGAGGAGCUAAGAGCAGGGCACUGGGCUGGUUUAUUUGUGUUUGAACUCUAAUCUGCCAUGCCUGAUUAAUGAUCCUGAUGAGGGGAGUGACAGCGCACUGCUCAGGAUGAUGGAGGGAGGGGAGAGAGGAGAGCAACAGCGCUACCAGGUUUAUUUGGACCUGGGGUUGAGGCAGGGAGAGCGAGGGAUGCAGCCAGACCAGGGGAAGAGGGGGAUGGAGAGGUGAAGGAGGAGGUGUAGAAGGAAGGGGCGAUUCCUGUGUGCUCCGUUCAGGGACGGGGUGCUGACUGAAGGACCCUGACCCCCCGCUCGGCAGGAACAGCUUGACUCCAUCACCCACUACACAUGCUGAGGCUGGGACCAUCCAACACACACUGCCUGGGUGUAUUUAGCCAGGCAAAUGAGUAUAUGCCUCAUCUUAACGAGGCACUCAGUCCAGAGAGCAGGCUGCUGCUGCUGGGCUCAAGGCAAAGUUGUUGAUCCCAUCUAACAGUAAGUUCCUGUAUUUUCUGCAUGAAGCUGCCCAAACGCACAAGUCAGAAUCAUAUUUAUGACAAACAUUAAUUUGUUAUUGUAUUGUUUGAAAUGUCUCUGUUAAUUGUUGUUGAUAGACAAAAGUGCCUUGGGCCUAGGGGCUUAAAUGUGAGCGUAGAAUCAGCCUCAGCCUUGCAGAAUGUAAUGCUUAGUUCCUCACAGGGGUCAGGGUUCAACUUUCAGGUCGCCAGCUAAUGAUAACUUGCGCUAAAACCCACAUCUGGGGAGGGCAUGUCUGAUGACACCUGGCGACCAACUUUAGUUACUGUAAAUAGAGUAGCCUAAUUCACAAUGACGCUUUGUAUUGCAUUAUUUAUAUGUAAAGAAUAAAAAUAAGAAUAAAAUAUGAGAAUGCACUGAUGUCUCCCAUUAAAAUAAUGAUGUCCUCUGUUUCAA